AUGCCUUCUGGCCGCAGGUCUGGACGCUUUAAAGGCCCCAGGGCCGUCUACGUUGAUGAUCCAUUCAAGGCAGCUGGGAUCAGUGAUGAUGAGGAUUCCAGCAAGCUGGAAAGCCUUGUCAAGGGGAAAAAGAAGCGCGCCCAAACAGAGGAUUCAGCCUCAGACAAUGAAUUUGUCGCUGGUUCAGGCGAAGAAGCCGAAGAGGACAUUGACGAAGAAGAGGACCUAGAAGACGAUCCUGAAGUGGGGCCAGAAGAGGAAAUGGGAUCAGAACCUGAUGCCUCUGACCCCGAAGAAAUGGAGAUCGACGGCAUCAAGAAUACUCCCAGGAAAGAGCGUCCAGGUCGUUCAACAUCGCACCUAUACGAUGCAAACUUUAAGAAGCGAAGAGCCGAUGGCACAGUUGUGCCAGCUGAUGAAGAGACACACAUCCGCGGCAUCAUCGAGCCCAGAGAUCAUUUGUCCAAAGGCACUUAUUACAGUCUCACUUUCGGUUCCGACGAUCGGGAUCUGAUGCCAGCAGUCCACUUUCGAAUGCGAUGGAACAAGGGCAUAGAUGCGGUCUUUCCAUCUCGCUUCACCUUGGAUGAUACGGAGAAGAAGCCUGAAUAUCUCUACGGGCCCACGUUUGGGGUUCACCCAGAUGAUGUUAUGCGAGAAAGCACCCAUGGGUGGGACUGGUACUACAACCGGGAUAUUGGUGAGAGAUUUCGGAAAAGACAGCGCGUUGAAACGAUUGAAGAGUCGCGGGCGUCCCAAAACUACCUCCCCCAACCAGAUACGCGAAAGCAUGGAAUUUUACUGGGUCCGCAUGACAACCAACAAGUCUUCGAGCUAGGAUAUCAUGAGUCUUUUGACUUUGGAAAAGCCUGGGAAAAACCAGGCUCCAAAGCAGACGAGUCAAAAAAUGGGACCAAAAGAAUUCGGGAAGGUUGGAUGUUAAACAUCGGCCAAAAGGCAAAUUGCAUGGCUUGGGCCCCAAACCAGAAUGGUACAACGCAGUACCUUGCUGUGGCUGCGCCGAUCACAGAAACUCAAAAAAACCAAUACAGAUCAGAAGAAAGUGAGCCCAUCUCAUCGUUUCAACCCUCACAGCCUUUUCCUAGCGCUCUACAAAUCUGGGAAUUCAAAGGCAAACCGAGUGAGACCCUUACAAUGACACUUGAUAUGGACUCCGAGCCCCGGCUUCGACAAGUCUUGUGUGCUGACUGGGGGGACCUGAGGCGCAUGGUAUGGUGUACUUUGCCCCGGACCGAACGAGUGGAAGACGAAAAAGAAGAAAAGGAAUCUAUUGGUUUACUCGCCACAAUAUGGGGGGAUGGAACUGUCAGAGUUCUGGAUAUCAAAACAGGCAGGGGAUCACAAGAAACAGAAUUCCGUGAGUGUCCCUUUUGUGAGGGUUUUACGAGUCCCGCUAAUGUGCAAGAUAUAGUCAAAAUAAAAUCCCCUGCGUUUGAGGCAAGACCGGCAUCAACAGUCUGCACAUGUGUCACAUGGCUAUCCCCUACUGAGAUUGCAGUGGGCUGCGGUAAUGGCUUUGUGGCUAUCUGGAAUAUCGAGCCUACCUCUGAAUCUGAACCCCUACCUUACCUCUAUCAGCCAAUCCACGCCACCUAUAUACUCAAUAUCACAUCGGCAUACCCGGUUCAUCCACAACUAAUCGUCACUGUUUCUAUGGAUGGUGAAACGAGGAUGUGGUCAGCCCUAGAUCCAAUCAGGGAAAUGACCUCGACGGGCCGCAUGCGAGGGGCCUCUCCCCACAUCAGCUAUUCCCCCAUCUGCCAGUCUGUUGUCGGCGGAGAUGAGAACGAAUUUGCUCGUAUCAUUCCAAUUCGACGGUUUUUCACCACCACCACCAUUGCGCGGCUCAGCAGCGUAGUCUCGGCCAUGGCGCAAUGCAGUACUCAUCACCCCUGUGCCCUAUUUGGCAGUGCCGCAGGCGAGGUCGUAGGAACAAAUCCCUUCCGACGAGUUGUUUACAACAAGGAGCAAAUCUGGCAGCAGAUAUGGUUCACGCAUGAAUGGAUUCCAACUUCCAAAACGGACACUCUGGGCACCAGUCGAUUCCUUGACGGAUACCGGGCUGAGAACCAGAAGCUGGCAACCCACAAGCUGUACGAGACUAAUCCUGUCAGUGGGAUGGGGACUUCGACAGUUUACGAAGAAAAUACCCACGUCACAGCCCUUGGGUGGAACCCCAACCGCCAUUGUGCAGCCUGGGCCAGCGCUGCGCUGGGGUGUGGAUUGGUGAGAGUAGAAGAUCUUGCCGUCUAG